UCUGCUCUAUCCACUUGCACGCAAGCCAUCGUCCGCGCGACGGCGAACGAAAAAAGCUCCAACGCCGUUUUAAACCGAUCGCCGUCAGCCGCCGAUUCUCUCGACGAUUUCGACCGGUUUUUGAGACCCGACUGACUGUCUUCCGUUCUCGCCCGUCCGGACAGAAAGCAUGAAGGGGACCACGGCGUCGGUGUUCGUCCUCGCGACGAUUUUUGCUACCGCUUUGGCGCGUGAUUUACCGGAGUUUCUUCACGUUUGCAAGCGGAGCGAUCCGAAAUUGAGCGACUGCAUCAAGGCGAGCGUGGAGAACGUGAAGCCGUACUUGGUGCACGGUGUUCCGGAGUACAAGCUUCCUUCCCUGGAGCCACUGGUGCUGAAAGAAUUGGUCUCCGCGUCCGGGAACAAUAUUAAUCUGAAGCUGAGGAACGUGAACGUCUACGGGGCCAGUAAUUUCACGGUGACCAAAAUGAGGGCUAACAUCGACGCGUUGCGUUUCGUGAUCGAAUUGGACUUCGCGAGCCUCUCCCUGGAGGGCGAAUACGACAUCGACGGAAAAGUGAUUCUGUUGAGGAUUCACGGUUCGGGCCCGAUGUCCGGGAACUUCACGAACUGCAAGGGACAGGUGAAGCUGCAGGCCGCGAUGACGAAGGGCGAGGACGGCCAGAAUUACGUGAAGAUAGUCGACUUCAAGACGAGGAUCGCGGUCGGGAACGGUCGUCUGCAGCUGGACAACUUGUUCGGCGGCGACCCGACCCUCGGCGAGGCUGUCAACGUAGCAAUCAACAGUAACUUCGACGCGUUCAUCAAGGAGAUACAGCCGUCCAUCGAGAGCGCCAUCUCGGACACGUUCUUGAAGAUCGCGAACGGCAUUCUCACGCAGUUCACCUACGAGACGCUUUUCCCGUUAUCGUAAACGGGAAAUUAUCCUUUAUACAGCACCGAUAGCGAUAAAUAGACAGGCUGUCCCGAAAUUACCGCGUCUCCGGGAAAUAGUAGAUUCCCGAGGUGAUUUGAAGCAACUUUUUCCUUAGCGAAAUUGCGAUCCGACGCUUCGUUCACGAGUUAUCAACGAAAAACGCGGGCCAAUGAGAAAUCGCGUACGGCCGACGCCACGCCCUCGCGACCACCGCCGCUGCGGUAUUGGCCGGCGCGACGCGAGGGCGGAGCGCCGGCCGAGCUCCGAGCUCUCGUUGGACAUCGUUUUUCGUCGAUAACUCGUAAACGAAGCCUCGGAUCGCAUUUCCGCAAAGGAAAAAGUUGCUGCAAACCACCUCAGGAACCCCUCGUUUUCCGGAAAUGCCAUAAUAUUGCGACACCCUGUACAGAGACAGCUGAUUACAAACGAAAGUUCGAUUAUCGGCAUCCUUAGCAAUUUUAAUGCUCGUUUUUCUUCUUCGCGUCGAAUAAUGCGUCGCGUGUUAUCAAUUAGAACGGCCUCCUCUCCUCCUCCAAAAAAAGAAGCAACGAAAAUUGUAUAACGUCGCGUAGAAAGAUACGCGCAAUAUUUGUAUGAGAUUGUUAGUAGGAAUUAAAAUACAAUUUUAUUACAGAU